AGAGAAAACGCAGUGGAACGGGUUAAAAUGUAGUUCAUUUUAAAAGAGAGCGAUUGAACAAUUGUUAACAACUCACUGGAGCCACUGAUUUUUUUCUGAUUUGGGUUAAUCUGUUCGUUCCGCAGUAUUUGGUGUGCUACAGACGCCCCUAAGGGGGUUUUCGACAAUGUAUAAAGUUGAAAGGUGGAACGAUUUUAACCGUGGAUAAAAUGAAGAACAGCAAUCAGAGAUCAUCAAUGGGUAUCCCGGAAUGAGAUGCACCGUUUAGGACGGUGUUGAGCUCGUCAUCGAUCGUUCACUAGGUGCAAACAAAAUAUUCGCAAGAAAGCUGUGCGAAGGUGUUGAGUGAGGCCGAGCGAAGCUUUUCCAAGGACAGCCAUCGGAGAACGGGAUGUCGGCGAGGAAUAUUCGAGGUGGCCAAGCUGGCUCCACCGUUCAAGCUUUCCUUUUGAUCUGUUCAAUCUUCGGCGGCUCGGGAAUGGGACCCGUCCUGAGCUCCGAAGUCACGACUGACACACCAGCGAAUAAAGGAGCAGCGCGACAGAUGUUCGGUAGUGGCAGCUUGCGGCAGACAGGAAGCGGGCCCAUCGUCCUGGGGACGACGGAGUCACCGUUUUACGACGGACAUUUGUACGAGGGCCCCGGUGGGUUUGGAUACAACGUACCCGGCGGCAGAAACCACGUUUCCCAAAAAUCGCACCCCCAGCUUCCCGGUGGGUAUCACGGGCCGCCAAGGAUGCCCGUCUCUCAACCCGAUGCUGAUACCUACGAGGCUUCUAGCGACGUGAAGGUCAGAAACGGCGCACCGGUCAACGGUCUCUACGGUCAAAGCCGUCAAGGUGUCGGACGAGGAAUGGACGCAGACCGAGGACGAGGCGGCUUCGGCGACAUUUACGGGGGCAUGGGUGGUCGAGGCAUGGACGAAACAUACGUGAACCCGGAUCGCACGCGCGUGCAUAACGGACUCCAACGCGGUCACGGAAUAGGAGCAAAUCCCAACAUCGAAGGACAUUUUGGAGUCGGCGGACGCACUCUGAUCCACGAAUUGGAGGACGAAAGCGAUCUUACCGGAGAGUACCUACUGCCCUGCGGAUGGCAGUGCAAAAGAAGCGAGUUCCUUUGCUUGCAGUCAUGCACUUGCAUCCCGUUGAGGAGUCGUUGCGACGGAGAGAUAGACUGCGAGGACUUCCAAGACGAACUGGAUUGUGACAACGGGUCGGGAUAUGGAGGAAACGCGGAAUGCGUCGGUGAAACAAAAAUUCGUUGUCCAUUGUCUGGGAAGUGUAUUUCCAAAGAUUGGCUUUGUGACGGUGACGACGACUGCGGUGAUUUCUCCGAUGAAAGCCACUGCGGAACAUCUCAAAAUUGCACUGAGGACCAAUUCGAGUGCAAAAAUGGUCUCUGCGUCCAGCGAGCUUGGCUUUGCGAUGGCGAGAAUGACUGCAAGGAUUUUUCUGACGAAGUUAACUGCACGAAAAAAGUGGAAUGCACACAGUAUGAGUUCAAGUGUCAGGAUGGAAGCUGCAUCACUUUGAAUUGGCAUUGCGACCAAGAACCAGACUGUAGCGAUGGUUCCGACGAGGUGAACUGCGAAAAAACCGGAGUUAGUUGUGGCAGCAAUGAAUUCCAGUGCGCUUAUCCAAAAUGUGUGCGACACGAGUAUCGCUGUGACGGUGAUGACGACUGCGGUGAUGGAAGUGACGAGAAGGAUUGUCCUGGAUCAUUGACAACCAGCUGCAACGAUAAUGAAUUUCGAUGCUCUGGGGGCAAGUGCAUCAGCAACAAAUGCGUAUGUGACGGAAACAAAGACUGUGACGGUGGUGAGGAUGAGGAAAUGUGCAACCACCCGACACCUCAGGGAUGUUCACCUCACAACGAGUUCACAUGCUCCACCGGCACCUGUGUCCCGCGAUUGUGGGUAUGCGACGGCGUUCCUGACUGCCCUAAUGGUGAAGAUGAACAAGGAUGCGCAGUGACUUGUGAGGCGACCCAGUACUUGUGCAACCCGCCUCGAGUAAUCAACGAUACAUCAGUUGCUGCUACUAACUCGCCCCAACCAUCAGCGACGCAUCACUAUCACCGAUAUUGCAUCGCUAUAAAACACGUCUGCGAUGGUACAGCCGACUGUCCCGAUGGUGAUGAUGAACUCAACUGUCCAAAGAAACGCAACUGCACUGCGACGGACAAGUGCACGCAGCAAUGCAUCUUGACGAUAGAUAACAAGCCAGCCUGCGCUUGCCAGCCUGGGUACAAGCUGGGGAAAGACAAUGCGACAUGCGAAGAUAUCAACGAAUGUGUAUUCGAACAAGAUCCAGUCUGUAGUCAAACUUGCAACAAUACCGUAGGCUCAUUCGUCUGCAGCUGUAUGGCCGGUUACGUCCUCCGACCUGACCUCAGAACCUGCAAGGCCUUAGGGGCAAAUCCUACACUCCUUUUUGCGAACCGGGUUGAUAUAAGACAGGUUAGUCUCAGCAAUUCCAAGUACACAGCUAUCCUGAAGGGGUUGCACAAUGCCAUUGCUUUGGACUUUCAUUAUAAACGAAGCACUGUUUACUGGUCCGAUCUAUCCAUGGAUGUCAUACGGAAGGCGUAUGUAAACGGAACCGGUGCCGAAGACGUUAUUCGAUGGGGCCUGGAAAGUCCAACCGGUGUUGCUGUCGACUGGAUUCACAAUCUUCUGUUCUGGACUGACUCUGGAACACGUAGGGUGGAAGUAAUAACUUUAGAUACAACAAUGCGGCACGUCCUGAUAUCUAGUGACCUCGACAAGCCACGGGCCAUAGUUGUUCAUCCAAACUACGGAUACGUUUACUGGACGGAUUGGGGUCCAAAUCCAAAGAUCGAACGUGCAGACAUGGACGGUUCAGGCAGGGUCGUUCUUGUUACGGAGUCGAUAUCCUGGCCAAAUGGUCUAGCAAUAGAUUACACGUCCGAUCGCUUAUUUUGGGCAGACGCAAAGCAUCAUAUUAUCGAAUCUGCUCACCUUGAUGGGACGGAUAGGAAGAAGGUCAUAAGGAAGGGAGUUAACCAUCCCUUUGGUAUCACCAUAUUCGAAGACUAUGUCUACUGGACUGACUGGCACUUCAAGAGCAUAUCCUCUGCGAAUAAGGGAAACGGUGCUGGAUUCAAAACUAUUCAUUCCGGUCUUCACUUCCCGAUGGACGUGCAUAGCUAUCAUCCGCAACGUCAACCUGAGUAUAAAAAUCGGUGUGGUGAUAACAAUGGAAACUGCUCACACAUGUGUCUCCCAAAUAGCACCGGUUACAGUUGCGUCUGUCCUGUGGGGUUGAAGAUUAAACGAGAUGGCAAGAACUGCGCCUCUACUCCCGACAAUCUUCUGAUAUUUGCAAGGAAGAAGGAUCUCAGAUUACGGCCAGUCGAUCAGGCCGCAAGAGGAUUCGACACUGUUAUUCCCGUCGAUCAUAUUGAAAGCGCUGUCGCACUUACGUGGGACAGUAAUGAAGAUACUAUAUACUGGACAGACGUUGAGACGGACACGAUAAGCCGGGCGUACUUAAACGGCACUAAUCAGAGUGUCAUCAUCAGUUAUAACUUAGAAUCUCCAGCUGGUUUGGCUAUGGAUUGGAUAACGCACAAGUUAUAUUGGACUGAUGCUGGGACGAACAGAAUUGAGUGUUCAAAUUUAGAUGGAUCGAUGAGAACUCUACUGGUAUGGAGGGGGCUUGACAAACCGAGGGACAUCGUGGUCGACCCGACUGUCGGGUAUAUGUACUGGAGCGAUUGGGGCGAAGAACAGAAAAUAGAGAGGGCCGCGAUGGACGGCAGUGAUCGCAAGAUUCUCGUGAGCAAAAACUUGACAUGGCCAAAUGGAUUGGCAAUCGACUUCGAAAAGAACCGGCUCUACUGGGCAGAUGGUGGUACCAAAAAAAUCGAGUACUCUGACCUGAAUGGCAAAGGCCGAACCGUACUAAUCUCCACUGACUUGCCGCAUCCCUUUGGUUUGGUGAUUUUCAAAAAUAAAAUAUUUUGGACCGACUGGGACACGCAGAGUAUUCAUCAAGCAGAUAAAAACGACGGUUCUAAUCGGAGCGUGGUUAGAUCAGGAAUAUCCGGUCUCAUGGACGUCAGGGUAUUUCACCGUCAUCGAAAGACUAUCAACACACCUUGCAAUAAGAACAACGGCAAUUGUUCGCAUUUGUGUCUGUUGGCACCCGCUCCGCGAUUCUAUAAAUGCGCGUGUCCAACUGGUCUGGUUUUAGAGUCGAAUGGAGAGACAUGUCCUGAUAUGCCGAGUGAAUUCCUAGUAUUCGCUCACAGAGAAGACAUCAGAAUAAUAUCUUUCGACGUCAACUACACCGUGGACAUAGUACUGCCAAUAGCGAACCUAAAAAAUGCAAUUGGAGUGGAUGUCGAUAGACGAACCGGCGAUCUGUAUUGGACCGAUACUGCCGAUGAUCUCAUCAGGAAAGCAAGUUUUGACGGAAGAACUGUAGAAACGAUAAUCAACAACGGAAUCGAGAACGCCGACAGUUUGGUCGUAGAUUACAUAGGUCAAAAGAUAUACUGGACAGACGCUGGACUAAACAGCAUCGAAGUUGCUGAGCUCGAUGGUAUAAACAGAAAGGUUCUGAUUUGCUCAGGACUAGAAAAACCUCGAGCUAUCGCUCUGUACUAUCCAGCUGGGCUUCUUUUCUGGUCUGACUGGGGUCACAACGCCCGUAUAGAACGAGCUAAUAUGGACGGCGAACAGAGAAUGACUUUAAUAGCCGACGACCUUAUCUGGCCGAACGGUUUGGCCGUUGACCUAAUUGGGAAUAAAUUGUACUGGAAUGACGCUAAGAGAAGCGUGAUUGAAAGCGCCAAGCUUGAUGGUUCAAAUAGAAAGGUUCUUAUCCACGAUGUUCGUCACCCUUACGGGUUGACACUGACCAAGGACUUCGUUUACUGGAGCGACUGGCACACGAAAUCCUUACACCGUGCGAAUAGAACGACGGGAUCUAACAAAACGGUAAUAUUGUCCAAAAUAGAGGGAAUCAUGGAUAUUCGGUCAGUCAGCAGCGAGGAUCUUUACAUCGCUGAGAACGUGUGCGAGAAGAAUAAUGGCGGAUGCUCACAUUUGUGCCUUCGCAACCCGAAAGGUUACUCGUGCGCUUGUCCGACUGGAAUCCUUUUGAACGAGGAUAAAAAGACGUGCAAAUUGACCCCCACAAACUUCAUACUGUUCGCAACGAGGGAAACGCUCGCCAGAGUGUCAUUCGACACGCCAGAGAUGUGGGACGUGACUUUACCAAUCAGUGACAUCCACAAUGCAAUCUCAGUAGAUUUUCACUGGGAAAAACAAAUUAUAAUUUACUGCGACGUAAACUUGGACAUAAUUAGGAGUAUCAACAUCCAAAAUUUAUCCGACACUCGGGUAAUCAUAAACUCGAAUCUCACAACGCCGUCGGGCCUGGCCGUUGACUGGGUCGCUAACAAUCUUUACUGGGCUGACACCACCAGGAAAGUGAUCGAAGUUGCCAGGCUGGAUGGCAGCAGUCGUAAAAGAGUCCUGGAACAGCUAGACGACCCAAGAGCGCUUACCUUGUUCCCGGCAAAGGGAUACAUGUACUGGACCGAAUGGGGUGAACAUCCCAAAAUUGAAAGGUCUUACCUGGACGGUUCGAGUAGAAAAGUGAUCAUCUCUUCGGACUUGGGCUUUCCAAAUGGCUUGGCUCUUGAUUACGAAAAGAAAAAGUUGUACUGGGCCGAUGCGUUGAAGGACCGAAUCGAGACGUCCGAUUUACACGGACAAUACAGAGUGCAGCUGGUCCCGGAAGCAACUCAUCCUUUCGGCUUGACGCAAUACGGGGAUCACAUCUACUGGACGGAUUGGUACAAGAAGGCAGUGGAACGAGCUGACAAGACCACUGGAAAAAAUCGAAUUGAGAUUCGAACUGCGCUGGACGGAGUAAUGGAGAUCAAAGUCGUCUCGGCCGCAAGGCAAACCGGGUGGACUCCUUGUGCCGUGGAAAACGGCGGCUGUAGUCAUUUGUGCUUCUUUACGCGGAAGAACUACGUCUGCGCUUGUCCGGACGUUAAGGAUUCCAAACCCUGCUCGACGGUACCGAGCAGAGAAGUCCCGAUAAGAAAACCAGGGACAGAAAACGAUCCCCCGGAGGAAGACGAUGAUGAGCCAACCAUGUCGUCUGUCCCAACUCUUGUACCUCGGAAGCCGCAUCACGAUAUCACCGGCAGAUUCCCAAAACUUUCCCCUAGUAAUACAAAUUUCACAUUGAAAACGGUGGUAAUCACGAUAGUCGUGAUGGUCGUUAUGAUAAUCGUCAUUUUAAUCGCCAUCAUCCAUCUUCUGUGCCAACGCAAGACCAAACAGAAAAAAUACUUGUACACCGGAAGAAGUGUCCUCACUUUUUCCAACCCCAACUACAACGCUUCAAGCGGCGACGUAGGCCCGAGCAAUUCGCAGCAAGAUAAAAAGUCGUUCAUCUGGAAAAGAUUGAAGUACGACAAGUCGCAGGAAAGAGUGUACGAAGAUAACGGACAGUCCUCAAGUCCCGAAGUGGUUUCCUUGAUUCCUCCCUCAACAACUCCGAGCAGCAGUAGAGCUCCGUCAGUCACACCGAGGGAAACUUCACCACCAACGUCACUUCCGCACGUCACUCACCUAGACGGUUAGAUACAUAUAAUAUUGUACUUGUAUCAUUUCGAAUGCAACACUGUCACCACUUUACUUAUCUAUUACACGCGAAUGUUCCACCCUGUUCGGAGAAGCGUAACCAGACACCAGCUCGAUCCGCAUGACAGCUGUGAGUCCGCGAUAAUGACGACUAUGAACGACAUUCUUCCACUGAUAACAAAAAAAAAAACAACAACAACAACAACAUAUACCAAUACACAAGAGGUAACUUUUCACUGAGCUAUGCUAUGCUGUCAAUGGUUUGUGAGACUGUGACACUCUGUGAUCAGACUCACUUUCGAGAAUAAUAUGUGGCCAGUGACGAGUCAAGAUUUGUCUGUAGGGUGUGAAUGGUUUUGGGAGCACUGCGCUGAGUAAACGUUACACAGGAACAGGAAAUGAAAACUAAGCAUAUACUGCGUUAUUAAGGGAAUAGAAUAUUUGAAAGAAGUCAAUGCGGUAGACGCGUUAAUAAUUUUUAUAAACUGAUGAAAAAUGUGUAUGAGAAAUAAUUCAUACCAAAUAAUUGCUGUCCGGAUAUAAUUUUUACUCAUUGAUCAGAUAUAUUUCUUGCAUUUACCGAUGUGUUAUUCGCACUCGCGCUAUCCAACGACAUUUAUAAAUAUUACGAAGGAACGAAAAUAUACAAAUAAACAUAACAAGCACGAAAAUAACAUUCCAAAAUUAUGUACUUGUCGUUUUGCAAGGGCGAUCAUUCACAUACAGGCUACGCAUCUAAUAAUUAUAUAUUCCAUAAAAAUACUGCCACAUGUGUAAAAAUUUUAUCCUUACCCGACUUUCGUAUACCGAUAAAAAAUGAAGAAAAAAAAUUUGCAUUCUACGUAAGUCUCUUUUGGCAAACACGAUGAAGAUUUAUUUCAAAUAUCAAGGGAUCGAGAUGUGCCCAACUUAUUUUUAAGCGUUCAGUCCACGAAUAAAAAAUUGAACAUUUUUACCAAGUGGAAACAUUCGAUUUUCGGUUCACUUUUUAUAGCUUUGAUAUCAAGCGCUGAAGUGACAACUACAGUCUUUAUCGCCAUGCGAACAAGUGCGACUUACUUCUUUCUCAACGUUUACUUUCUAAUCAAGUACAAGCCACAGAUUUCGACUGCAUAAAAUAUCUUACGAUGUCUAUACCCUUGUAUCACUCCAAUUUACAGAUAGUGCAAGUAUUUUGUGUGAAUGGUGUAUUAAAUGUAUAUUAUAAAGAUAAAAAUUAAACUAGUUAUUUUUAAAAGGUCCCGAUUUGUAUGAAGACUGAAAAGGUUCGAAAAGAGUAUCUUUGAUCGAGUAGCGCAUAGUGGUCUAAAGAUAAUGAUAAUGAUAAUAAUAAUAUUAUUAAUGAUAACAACAACAACAACAACAACAACAAAAACAACAACAAAAAUAAUAAUAAUAAUACUAAUAAAAUGAUUACAACAAUAAUGAUAGUAGUAAUAAUGCCAUCGUUUUACCAUGAGUAGAUGUAACAUCACCCUCAAAACCACGCACAUCCGUAUGUAUUCUAUGCGUACAAUACGUAUAUUUAUACAUACGUGUGUCAGUGUGUAAAUACUCGAUCUGUGUUGCGUGGAUGUUGCGUAUAAGAGAGAAAAUUUCUCAAGUACUAUUUUUUAAACUUUAUUCGAAAUAUAUCGUUCCUUCGCAAAGUGAUCACCGUCCUAUAAAACGCGAUUAUAUAUCUACCUGUAAUAUGUUUGCAAAUUCACGUACUACUUGAAUUUGUUUCCAUAAAUUGAUUUUUUUUUUUUUAUUUUUAUUCUAUUUUUUUUAUUUAUCGGCCAUCAAGUUGCGAAGAAUUAUCGUGUGUAUGGAAUUAUAGAAACUGUUGUACGGCACAGCAGAAAUGUUGACAAACAAAUUGCGAUUGAUAAAUUUCAAACACUGAAAGUAUAUAGAUUGGAAUAACCAAUAUUAUUAUUACAUACUGUGACACAAAAUUCGCGUUAAUUGAAUAAUCCGCUUUUAAGAGAUCAGUGAACCAUUGUGUAGCUUCAGCGAAGAUUUGUGAAACGAGAAAUCUCGUCCACUUCUGUUUUUCAUUGUUUUUUCUUACAUUUCUACCAAUUAAACACUGCAGCGUGCAUUAUUGCGUUAAUUCUAUUUUUCUAUAAAGCUAUAUAUAUUUUUUGUACUAUCAGCAUAUUUUUUCUCCCAUAGAUUUAUAUCAACAUGGGGUAUAUACAUAUUCAUAUAUUGUAUAAAUGUAAACACGCUAUAAAAGUGUACACGUACAUGAUGUAACAUGAUAUUACCUAUAUUCGUCGAAACAGCGCAGGUUGCUGUAACACUUAAUUCAGUCCCAGCGGGUCUAGGACUUCGUAAAAGCAAAUCCGCGCAAUGCAGUUUCGUACAUUUGAUUAUUUUCUUUGCAAAUCUAUCAUAAUUCCUUUCAUUCAUCGAUUACAAACAUCUAGAUGUAUCGCAGAAUGAGUGAUCUAACAAGGACAUGUAAAAACGUGAGCAACGUCGCAUAAAUACAAUUAUUUAUUCUUGCAAAGACACACCCAUUUAUGGACUCUAACUCAGCCUCGACUUUUCGCACAUAAUUAGCAAUUUCACCAUUGCAAAAAGCACAUUUAAUUGUAAUACAAUAUAAUGAAAUAAGUUACAUUCGAAAAUGACAGAUCAUUGAAUCGAGUCAUUGGCAUUCGCCAAUUUCCGCAUCUGGUAAAUACUUCUUGUAACUUCUACAUGUAGCGCAAUAAGUGUCAAUUUCAUUCUUUUUGCAUCUUCAUUGUUACACGUUGUGUAUAACAAUAUUUGCGACGUUAGCUAACGAUGUUGAAAAAAUGUCGAAUACUUUAAAAUGGCAUACAUGUCCUUGUUGAAAUGACUGAUUCGUUAAUGUUUAAAACUUACAUAAUCGCGUUAUACUAAUGCUAUAAAAACGUAUUGUGUAAUUUGUUGAAAAACCUACUUGUCAAAACAGAGAAUAUGUUGUAAGACGAGUGAACGAAAUCCUUAGCUAUGAAAUAAGUGCGUAAUAUGAUAUUUGAAUCACAGAAUGUUGAUUUCACAAUUAAUACAAGCUUAUUAUAACGGUGCGUGAAUAUAUGACAUACAUGCAAUUGCCAUAUCGUCCGUUACCGAGGUAUUUUCACGAUUUGGCAAAAUGAAAAAUUUACGCGAAAUAGAACAAGUACGAAAGAAAAGAGCGAAGAUUAUUAUUGAAUUUUUUUACUACGUGCACUGUUGCGCGAUUCGCGAUUUUCAAAAAUCAAACUAACAAAACUUUGAUGAUGUGUACAUUUCCGCGAUUGUUCCCUGUUAUAUUGAAAAGUUUGAGGCUUAUUACAAAGGCAUACGUUGGUACAUUACCAACUUAAUUUCAAUGUAUUAUACGAGUAUCGAUAAGCGUGUGUCGAGGAAAAUUUAUAGAAGACCGUCUACUGUGAAAAUAAAUACAGAAUACAAUACCUAGUCGAUUUACGAAAGAGCUAGGAAAAUAUCAGAUAUUUUUAAUGUUUAGAUCUUCAACGUAAACUAAAAUUAAUUAGAUAUAUCGUAAUUAUUAAAUAAUAUACAUUACAUAGGUAUAACGGUAUAAUUAUUAUGAUCCAAAAUAUUAUUGAUAUGCAUGCUAGGUAUAUUUAGAGCUCAAAGAUUCUAUGUGAUAUAGAACAAAAUCUGAAUUAUAAUAUCCACAAAUAACGCAAUGUUCAUGUAUGUGUUAUCUAUAAAAAAUAAAACACAUGAAAUCGUUACAUGAAAGAACUACGAACACAAGAAUAAAAGAGAUAUCUCACAACUUAAUUUUAUCUCAGUGAAAAUUAAGA